GAUUGGGAAAUCUUUGUUCCUGCAGUCCGCAGUGCUCCCGAUGAUGAACGAGGCCAAGAAAGAUGCCUUCGGGAGUGUCAACAGAAAAGCCGGCCUGCAGAUAUGGACCAUUAACAAGCUGCAGAUGGUGCCCGUGCCGGCCCAAAGCUUCGGCAACUUUUAUGAGGGCGAUUGUUACAUCGUGCUGCAUACGAGUGACAACUUGGGCGCGGUGGACAUUCACUACUGGAUCGGGAAGGCCUCGUCGCAGGACGAGCAGGGGGCGGCGGCCGUCUACGUCACGCAGCUGGACGAGCACCUGGGCGGCGCGCCGGUGCAGCGCAGGGAGGUGCAGGGCCACGAGUCGCCGCGCUUCCGCGGCUACUUCAAAAACGGCCUCGUCUACAAAAAGGGGGGCGCGGCCUCCGGCUUUAACCACGUGGACACCAACGCCUACGUCGUCCUGCGCCUGCUGCACGUCAAAGGGCGCAAGCACGUCACGGCCACGGAGGUGGAGGCGUCGUGGAGCAGCUUCAACACCGGCGACUGCUUUCUACUGGACGCGGGCCACCUCAUCGUGCAGUGGAAUGGCGACAAGAGCAACAGGAGAGAGAAGCUCAAGGUGCCCACCUUCCU